AUGAACUCUGAAACAGCUCGUCCAACGCGGCAGCAGCCAAAACAGCCGCCAAGCCGCUAUCAGUCUUUGACCGGUGCGGCCGUUUGGCGAACCGUCGGCGGCCCCUCCUUUUUUGGAAAAUGAGUCACGCGUCCGCGUUGUACGUCAAACGGCUGCCCAUGUGCGGGUGCGAAACCAAACAGUUCCUUGUCACUUCGUAGAGACGUCGUGCGUAAUAUGAAUCGAAUUGCUCUCUCAUCUGUUUAUACAGUCGGUGUUUCAGGCCCCGCCUCCUUUUUUUGUCUGCUAACGAUGCUUUCCCGAAAUCGCACGUUCCUGGCUGUUGUGGCAACGGAUCUUUCCGUUCGUUCCGACAUGGUCUCUUCCAGGGAGCUCUGCGUCGUUCUUCUGCUUUUCCUCGCCGUCAUUGUUUUCCAAGUGAGUUUUUUCCUCAGUUCUUGUAAUAAUUGGAAAGUCGAAGCGCGACAAUUUUUUUUCGAUAUUUCAAAAAUUUCCUUCCUAGAUAAUUCCAUAGGGUUUUAAAAAAAUAAAUUAUUACUUUCUACCUGGCAAUUUUUUUGUACUUGUCAGUUGUCCCUAUAGCAUGUAGUGUUCAAUUGCCCAUUUUUACUCGUUAAAAGAUAUUUUUUUCGAAUUUUUUUCAAGCUUUCCUGAAAUUAUUUAAUAAAAAGUCCAUUUUUGCAUAAAUGUCACUUUUUUUAUUUUUCAGAACUCGUAAACGCUAAGCUGAAAAACUUCUGAUUUCUUUUUGCGAAUACCUGAGUAGUUCUAAAAAAGUUAUUUCUAGAACACCUGGAAAAAAACAUGCAAGCAUGGUCCCUGGUUGAACUGCAGUAUGGACAGGUGCAAAUAGACCUCAAGAAGUAUAUUUAGCGGACAAUAGUCUCGAAGAGUUCGAAAAAGUUUCAUUUGAUGGUCGAAAAUUGUGCUUUUUGGAAUACCGAAAAAAAAAUUGGAAGCGAUGCGUCAAUGGCGCCAACAACAUCGGUUGAAUGAAAGCGUAGGAGUCACGUACAAUGAAAACAUGAGUCAAUUCUCUCGAACGAUUUUCCAUGAACUCUUUUCAGCUCUACGUCUACGUUCUUCUGGACAUCCGAGAGUUUGAAGCUGAAGUCCUCGAUGAGGAGCAGCGGGACGUCGAAAGGAGACGUCGUCAGGAUGUCCUUCUGAAGGCGCUCAACGCCAUCUAA